AUGACACAAAAUCCAGGGGCCUUCAAGACCGCCACGACGGUAGCUGCUGGCAGGCGGACGGUGUUUUGUCGUCGCUUGUGUUUAUGGCUGAGUGCUUCUUUCCUCGUGGUUUUCGUUUGCAGUUUUCGUGUUCAAUAUUCCGAUGCUGAAAAAAACGAGUGUAAAUCGGACAAGUCGGUUUUGCAGCUCGUCGCAAAAGAUGCUACCCCAGUUGAUUUCACAUGCGGGAAUGGCGUUAGCUAUCUGUAUCCCCCCUACAGGUCCGAGGCGACGCAAGUAUGCAGAACGUCGGCUUGUACAGAUGUUGUAGGCAUGUCCCUUACAAACGUUUCGUUGGUAUCGCAGUCAAACGGCCUUUCGAUUACCACAACCGAUGUUCAACAAGCGAGCACAAUUUAUUUCCAAUGCACAGACACAGCUACAGAAACACACUUAUCCCGUCUGGAUUCCAAACCACCCGCCGGCCGGAGCUCCUCAAAGAAAGCCUGCACGGUUCAGAUUUCAAUUUGGGGACCACCGAAGCAAGGAUUUAGUUAUCCCGUACCCAACAAUGGUCCGCUCAGGCUGGAAAUCACUUCUGCUAGUCAAUCGGUAACCUUUGCUUGCGGGAACGACCAAAAUCUCACGCCAAAGCUUUUUGAUCAGAUUUGCCAAUCAGACGGGUGCGAAUCCACAGCCCCACUGGCAGAUACUCUUGCCGGUGCUUCGCUGGUGCAGCACGCGUCCCCGGAAGGCAAUCCGAACACACCAGCCUACACAUUGACAGUACCACAGCUGCCAGACGAGAGUCAGACGCUUUUUUAUAAAUGUGCGACGGGCACGGACAAAGAUGCCCGUGCCAAAGAUUGCAACGUUGUCAUCACAGUCGCGAAAGCAGCAGACGGCGACGGAUCAAGUGGCCCGUCUUCCGACACCACAACCAUACCGCCUGAGACAUCUGGAACUGGUGCUGAAAGGUGGAGCAAGUCGCUGGCUUUCUCCGUCUUCAGUGUCGCUCUGCUGUUGACGAAAAUGAUAUGA